AUGUCGAAACUGACAAAAGGUGUCGAAACUGAUGUAACUGACAAAAGGUGUAAAGAAACUAAUGAAACUACAAAGGUGACAAAACUAAAAGAUGAUGAUAAAGCAGAUAAAUUGCCAUUUCUAAAUAUUUUCCAUCGCGACAAAUCAGGAAAAUCCAAACUCUUGAUUUUUUGUGGAGUGAAAGAAAAAAUACAUGAAAGUUCGGAUUGGCCAAAAGAAAAGUAUCAAAAAUUUUUCAAAAAUGACACUAUCGCUAUAAUUGGUUAUGGAUCUCAAGGAAGUGGGCAAAGUUUAAAUGCAAGGGAUAAUGGAUUAAAUGUGAUUGUUGGUGUGAGAGAAGGUGGCAAAAGUUGGAAUGAAGCCAUAAAAGAUGGAACAAUUAUCAGCAAUCUCCUUUCUGAUGCGGCACAAAAAGAGCUUUGGCCCCAAUUCAUCAAGCAUUUGACAAAGGAAAAGACUUUAUGUUUUUGUCAUGGGUUUUCAAUAGUUUAUAAAGAGUAUACAAAUGUAAUCCCGCCAGCAGAUAUCGAUGUAAUCAUGGUAGCACCAAAAGGUUCUGGAAAAACUCUUCGUUCACUUUUUCUUGAUGGUCGUGGCAUGAAUUCAUCUAUUGUUAUAUUCCAAGAUGUAACAGGCAAUGCUAAAGACAAAGCAGUAGCGCUUGGUAUAGCUAUCGGAUCUGCAUACUUGUAUGAAACCACUUUUCAAAGAGAAGUUUUUGCUGAUCUUGUCGGAGAACGAGGUGUACUUUUGGGCGCGAUUCAAGGCUUAUUCCUGGCUCAAUAUGAGGUGUUGCGAGCUCAUGGACAUCCUCCUUCUGAAGCUUUCAAUGAAACUGUGGAAGAGGCUACCCAAUCUCUGUAUCCCUUAAUUGUUGCUAAUGGAUUUGAAACACGUCGAGUGUUAGAAAAGAACUCUUUACCUACGUAUGCAGAAGAUUUAGAAGAGGAAUUAAAAGAAAUUAG